UACGAGUAGUAGCGAGUUUAGCCGACUGAGCGAUGUUGUCUUUGUAAAGCUUUACGCGAGCUGUCGAUUGUAGGGCUAGGCUUAGUUUUUGUUGUAUUUGUUGCCUUUCCACGGUAUCUGCAGGACGCUCUGAGACUGUACACAUAAUGCACACGCUAAUGAAGAUAUAACGUUAGCUAGCUAACAUUAAGUACGAAGCGAUGAAACUCUACAACACGGGAAAUCACGGUGACAGCGAAAUGUCUGACAUUGACCCUGUACCAGGGCCUGAGACCAGCAGUAUGGAGGGGGAGAAUGCACCACUGUACUGUAUCUGCCGGAAACCAGACAUUAACUGCUUCAUGAUUGGCUGUGAUAACUGUAAUGAGUGGUUUCAUGGCCACUGCAUUAACAUCACAGAGAAGACAGCAAAGGCAAUCCGAGAAUGGUACUGCAUGAGAUGCAGAGAUAAAAACCCUUCACUGGAAAUAAAAUAUAGAUCCAAGAAAAACAAAGAGAAGGAAAGUGAGUCUGACAGAGCUGAAAAACAGUACAGCACCCCGAGUACUCCAGACUAUAAGAGUGAAAGGAGACGUGGAUCUAAAGUGAAGCGCUCAGUUCGAAUGUGUGGGGAAUGUGAGCCGUGCAGAAGGACUGAGGACUGUGCUCAGUGUGACUUCUGCAAGGACAUGAAGAAGUUUGGAGGCCCCAACAAAAUCAGACAGAAAUGCAGGUUUCGGCAAUGUGAAGUUCGUGCUAGGAAAAUGCUGCGUGUGAAGGAUGAGGAACUCUCUUUGCAAGAAAGAAGGGAGAAUUCCUACCACAGACGGAGACGGUACUCUGAGGACUACGACAGUGAAGCGGAUCUCUACCAGCAGUACAAGGCAGCAGGCAUUGACAACAACUUGGCCUGGGCUAGUGAUGACGACGACGAGCCGCCUUUCAGUCCUGUCAUGCGCAAGAAAGCGGUGAAGGUGAAGCACGUCAAGAGACGAGAAAAGAAGUUUGACAAGAAAAAGGAGUCCCGACGCCACAAACAGAAGCAGAAGCACAAAGACAGAACCAGAUACAGUGAGAAGGGUGAACUCCGUGAUAACACAGGGCAGCGUCAGUGUCUGGGGCCAAGCUGUGUGGAGGUGGCAAGACCCAACUCCAAAUACUGCUCUGAGGACUGUGGCAUGAAGUUAGCUGCCAACCGGAUCUAUGAGAUUCUCCCUCAGCGUAUCCAGCAGUGGCAGCAGAGUCCCUGCAUUGCCGAGGAGCACGGUAAGAAGCACCUGGAGCGCAUCCGUCGGGAACAACAGAACGCACGGCUGCGUCUCACAGAAAUGGAACGACGCUUUCACGAACUGGAAGGCAUCAUCGCCAAGGCCAAGCAGCAGGCGGUCCAGCAGGACGAGGAGGUGAAUGACGGUGAAAGCGAGGACACAGACCUGCAGAUUUUCUGUGUGUCUUGUAGUCAUCCCAUCAAUCCAAAAGUGGCACUGAGACAUAUGGAGAGAUGUUACGCAAAGUAUGAGAGUCAGACCUCCUUUGGUUCCAUGUACCCUACAAGAAUAGAAGGAGCAACCAGACUCUUCUGCGAUGUGUACAAUCCCCAAAGCAAAACAUAUUGCAAGAGACUUCAAGUUUUGUGCCCAGAGCAUUCCAGAGAUCCUAAGGUCUCAGUGGACGAGGUGUGUGGGUGCCCUCUGGUGAAGAAUGUGUUUGAGCUGACAGGAGACUACUGCAGGGUCUCCAAAAGGAAAUGCAACAAACAUUACAACUGGGAAAAGCUGAGGAGAGCAGAGGUGGACUUGGAGCGAGUCAGAGUGUGGUACAAGUUGGACGAGCUCUUUGAACAGGAGCGUAAUGUCAGGACUGCUAUGACCAACAGAGCUGGUCUGCUCGCUCUGAUGUUGCACCAAACUAUUCAGCACGACCCCUUGACAACUGAUCUCCGUAGCAACAAGGAUAGGUAGUUGACCUAGUCUGCAUUUGUUCUUGGAUCUGUGGAUCACUCUACAUAGCAUGAGUGUUUGAGGAAGUUAUAGAAUGAUAACUACCAUUUGGGUGGAAACUGAUUUUCUAACUAGAUAAUUAUUUUAAAAUCUUUGUAUAAUUAUUAACUUUAAGAUGUAAAUGUAUAUAUGUAUUUUCCUGACUGUUGGAUGAACUACUGCUUAUUGAAAACUGCUGUUUUUGGUAUGAUUGUCCUGAAUAAACCUUACAUUUUCUCCA